AGAAUUGGUUCAGGUGUUGAAGUAGAAGGUGAUGCUUACACACAAAAUACUGAUCCAGCAACUUUAAUUGUCUCAUUUUUCAAACUUUUACCAUCAGCGCCGUAUAAGGUUGUUGAAACAGAUUAUGAAAACUAUUCAGUUAUUUACUCAUGUUCAAAAUUUGGCUUUGUGAAAUCAGAAUUGGCGUGGAUAUUAACUAGAACUCCAGAAGGUUUAGAAGCUAGUGAACUCAAUAGACUAUACAGAAGAUUGAGAUCCUAUGGUAUCAAUACAGAUCAUUUUGAUACCAUUACUCAAACAGAUUGUCCUAUCUAA